GCAGUCAGACCCUCUUGGCUAAACUAGCUUUCUGGAAUUCCCCCUGGUUUGGGUAAAAAAUGACGCUUGCUGAGUAAGACAUGUUAGAGUUGGAAGGUGCAAGAGGAAAGCUUUGUAUAUCAACGUAAUAACUUUAUGAAGUACAGCGCCGUCUACCAAUGACUUGACUGGAAGUGUGUGCUGCAGCCAAUCACACGCUGUGAGGAGGAGUCAGUCACAGGUACAAACUGAAAGUAAGGAAGGGAGGAAAGAGUAAGAGACUGUUUAACCUUCGUCUUGAGCUUUUAAUUAUUUGGCUUAAGAAAAUGCCUUUUGCAAGUGACGAAUUAUACAGACGUUAUAUACGGCACAACUUGCCAAGGUAUGUGGACAAAUUGAAACCAAUGGAAAUCAUGGUUCAUCUCCCCUGCCUUACUCAGUCUGAUGUGGAUGAAAUAAUGGCUAAGAGCGAGAGCAGAGGCAGUUACGACGGUGUGGUGCUGCUGUUGGACUGUUUGAAGCGGAGUGAAAACUGGCCUGAUGAUUUAAUCAAGGCCCUGAGAUCCUGUGAACAAUGGGAACUUGCUUCAGAGCUUGAGAAGGCAUAUGAAUCACUCAGGGUCCGGCCCACUAGGAGUAGUGGGACUCCUGCUUCUGUUCCUAUGACUGCUCCAGUGGAUGCCAGCCGUCACACUGUCUCAAACCUUCCAGAACAUGCCACUACUGAAGCUGUCCCAGCUGUUCCAGCUCCAGCAGAGACGGGCCACUCAGCUCCACUGCCCAGUCCCUUUCAGGCGGCUUCCAGUGAUAAGGGCAUCACCCCUAAUCACACAGAUACUCUUAGUGGUCCGGGUGAGACUGACUCACAGGUGUCUGCGUUACCCCAUGACGCCCACCCUCGAGUCACAGAAGAGCUUAAGAAUGCCUCUGUAGUAUCUGCACCUACUCCUCAGGAGAGCCUAAUUGGCAGGCCAGUACAGGAUACCAACCCACCAGAUGCCAGUCCAAACCCAUUUCCAAAGCUAGUACAGACCUCCAGUUCAAGCAAUGAUCAGGUAAUUGAUAACCAUCCCCAUGCGGAGCCUAGUCCAGCACGUCAGGCUCAGCGUACUGCCAGGCCAACUGCAUCUUCUGCUGAUCUUAACCAAGCCGAAAAUCUUGCAACUUCCACCUCCAACCAUGAUGCCAUUUCUGAAGAAAUGUACUUUAGCAAGCCUGGAACACUUCGUGCCCAUUCUGCUGAACAACACCAUUAUUUUGACAAUCAAAGAGCUGCUGAAUCAGUGGAAGAGGAGCCAUACUCUGGUAAUUCUGAGCGCUUGGAGAUGAGCGAAUCUGUGCAACACCGAGAGCCGGAAGAGAACUCUUAUGAGAGCCUGCUCAAUAGUCAGGAUGUGCGUGUAAUUGAAGGACAUGUGACUGAAGAGAUCCCUAUACUCAAUCAUGCAGGUCAACCCACAAGCCCGGCAAAGGAAAAACUGACCACUCGUCAUGACAUCCACCCCACUUCUGGAAGAGCUGACAUUGCAACCCAUGAUUGUACACAAGAAGGGGGACCCAGCUUCCCCUACAACCUGUUAGAGAACUACCAUAUCCCUCUUUUUGUUCUGGCUGGAGCAUGCAUUCUGGUCUUGGUAGGGAGACUGAGGAAAUAGUUAUGUUAAAAGGGGAUGGUGAAUGUACAAUAUCUCAUACAAUAUCAAAAUCUAUCUAUAUGCUUGUCUUUUGAAAAAAGAUAUUUUAGUUGAAUGUCUAUACAUUUCCUCACAUGAGUUUAAAUAUAUUUUUUCAUAUUUUGCCUAACAUUCUCUUUUGUUUUGUAUAUUCUUUAUUCAUGUAAAACUUUCAUAUAAGAAGACUAUUAAUCAUGAGCACGUGUGUCCCUUUCAGUGAACCAUUCUUAAUACUGCAGUCCAAUAUAUUUUAGUACAUUACAUAUCAGUUUGAUUUAGCAUAUUUAUCAUUCUGAAAAUAAACCUUAAGAUUUUCUUUAUUUUUGUUUCUUUUAAUGCCACAUAAUGCCAAGUAUCUGAAAGCACUUGUUCCUUAAAACUUGAAGAUAAUAGUUGAGUUAUUCUGAUUGAAUUUUUAAGUAUUGGUCUUGUUUUGGUCUUGGGUUUAGAUGAGUCGUGAUCUUGUCUUGAUCUUGAAGCAGAUGGUCUUGAACACAUCACUGGUUUUGCGCAGCAGCUGUUUGAUCAAUGUUAAGUGCAGCCAUGGAUAAAUAGCUAUCAUUGGCCUGUUUUCUUUAAGAAAAAAAAGAACUGAAGAGGACUGAAAAGGAGGAGGACUGGAUUUAAAUAAGACACUUUGUACUUCAGUUCAAAACUCAGAUAACUGCCUUGUGUAGAAUUGGUUUCCUUUUUAAGUCUUGCGUGGUGCAGCCUCUGUGCAAAGGAGUUCUGAAUUGUGACAUACUGUAUUGUUUAUUUAAUUGCUUUUUGGGUUACGCAACAUAUAUUUUCACUCCCGGAAAGUAGACAAAGUGAUAAGCACUUUUUCACUUUCAUAACUUUUACACAUAUUAUAAGAAUUGCACUUAUUGUCCUAUAAUGCCUGGUACUGUCAGUUUUGUUAAUUAUUUUUGUCUUACAUAAGAGGUUCACUUAAAAAUUGUGUUUUGUUUGGUGUUAGGUUUUAUUUGGUUUGGUGUUAAUGAGAUAAAUAAAAACAUAUUGUAGGUACCCAUUGGGCGGCGAGGCAUAUUGGACUGGUGCCUGCCCUGUAUAAAAUGUAAAUAGUUCCCUGUAUUUUUUUAUGUAUUGUGGUGUUACUCUACUGUUUUUGUCAUAUUUGGUGUUAGUGUUAAUUGUUGCAAAACAUACUGAUGGCAUGUUGAAGCUUGUUUAAAGUUUGCUGCACAACAUUUGGACAAGCCAAUGAAAUACUGGGAGAAUAUAGUCUGGUCAGAUGAGACUAAAAUUGAACUCUUUGGAUGUCAUAGCCCACACCAUGUAUGGUGAAAUGGCACUGCACCCCAAAAUCACCAUAUCAACAGUGAAGUUUGGGGUUGGGAACAUCAAGGUGUGAAGCUGUUUUUCAGUAUAUGGUGCUGGGAGACUUCGUAUAAUUGAAGGAAGGAUGAAUGGAGAAAUGUACCUUGAUAAGAAUCCGCCAGAGUGCUGAAGAUGAAACGUGGGUGGACAUUUCAGCAAGACAAUGAUCCCAAACACACAGCCAAGGAAACUCUCAAUUGGUUUCAGAGAAAGAAAAAACUGCUAGAAUGGCCCAAUCAAUCACCCAACCUGAAUUCAAUUGAAAAUUUAUGGAAAGAAUUGAAGAUCAUAGUUCAUAGAAGAGGCCCCACGGAACUGUCAAGAUUUGAAGAUAGUUUGUGUGGAAGAAUGGGCCAAAAUCACAGCUGAGCAAUGCAUGCCAUGUUUCUCUAUACAAGAUUCAAGAUUCUUUAUUUGUCACAUGUAGUUAUAGCUGGUACAACAUACAGUGAAAUGUGUUUUCCUGGCUGAACUCCGACUGUGCUAGACGUAGGUGUCUUUGGGCUGUCAUUAGCAAUAAAGGCUUUUCUACUAGGUAUUAAAUUAAUUUCAGUAAGUGUG